AUGACCACAGAAAUCGCGGCCGGUACCCCUCUGGCAGAGGCCUUGAGCAAUGCCAUCCAGCCCAAACUUGCGGAAAUGGGCUGGACGUCCGAUGGCGGCGACGAUUCAGCUUUGAUUGAAUACAUUAUCCUGAUGCUUGUCAACGGCAAAAGCCAAGAACAAAUUGCAGGCGAACUCUCCAACGAUUUGCUCGGCCUUGGCAGUGAAGGAGAUACACAAGCUUUGGAGUUCUCAAGGUGGCUCUUCGAACAGGUCGAAGUCCUUAAUCGACAAAUCAACGGCGGUGGCACACCGAUCGCAAACGAGACUGCACAGGCUAUCCCGUCGUUCAACGACCAAACAGCGACUUCGCAAGAGGGUUCUGGAGGAGGAGAUCAGGAUGCCACUAUGAGCAUGGUUGAUGGCUCGCACACGGAUGAUUCGAUACCCACAGGACCGAAGGCGAUGCGUGGCGGACGCCAAGGUGGGAGGGGUCGGAUGUUGAACCAGAUCAACAGAGCUCUAGAUCGCAACAGUGACUCAACUUUACACCGUGUCCGCGGUCAACAUGGCCGGAUCAAUUCUCAUGGUCGGGACCAUACCAAAGGACGGCCUCAUCAGAACGGCGGGGGUAGGCGGCAAAUGAAUACCGGACUGCCCAUGGGUGCCGCCCAAUCGAUGAUGAACAUGAGCCAGCAAGAUCAGAUGCACUUGAUGUCUCUGCUAGAGGAACAAGCUCGGAUGAUGGCACAGCUCAUGCCAGGAUUUGUCUCGCCUGCGAUCAACCCAGCGUUUCAGCAAAAUAACCAACAACAACAAGGGCGCUCGUUGUUUGACCGUGUUGAACGUCAAGGACGUCCGCAUGGUAACUUCUCUAAUCGUGCCCAACACCAUGGCACCUCGGCAAAAUCACCCUCCGACGGCGACAUGGAUACCAAGCCUGAUGGCGCACAGGAUGAGAGCAAUACCGACAGUGUCUGCCGCUUCAAUCUGCGCUGUACCAGAAAAGACUGCCCCUUCGCGCACCAGUCACCGGCCGCCCCGGAAGGCACUCCUGUGGACGUGGCCGAUAUAUGCACAUACGGCGCAGCGUGCAAAAACCGGAAAUGUACAGGACGUCAUCCUUCUCCUGCCGUCAAGUCCGCACACCAGGCUGAGGAGCUCUGCAAGUUCUUCCCCCACUGUACCAACCCUCACUGCUCCUUCAAACACCCCUCAAUGCCUCUGUGCCGCAACGGUGCCGACUGUUCUGCGGAAGGUUGCAAAUUCACCCAUCUUCAAACACCUUGCAGAUUCAACCCAUGUCUCAACCCAAGCUGUCCUUAUAAGCAUGCGGAAGGCCAGAAAGGUGCCUUUUCCGACAAAGUCUGGACUGCGGAUCAGAACAAGCCCCGUGUCAGCGAGAGGAAGUUCGUUUCAGAUGAGGAUGCUGCUGAAGAGCUGAUCAAGCCGGGUGCUGCAAGCGAAGAUGGUACUCAGAACCAGGAAAUUAUAACGUGA